AUGGGCAACUGCGGAGGAAGUCUUCCAAAGGAACAUGGAUCUAACCCAAAUCAUCCACAUGGAGGUCCACCUGGUCAACGACGUAAGCAUUCUCAUGAUGGUGGACAACGUGGUAGUGUUGACAGUCAUGGAAGAGGUGGUGAACAUGGACAAGGACACGGGCAUGGAAACAAAAAACAUUGAUAAAAACAAUUCUUUUUUCUAAAUUAACAUUAACAUUGGAGUUUUCUUUUGAAUGAAUAUAAUUUGAAGACGAUUUCCCUGCUUUGAAAUUUCUCCUGAAUAACUCAACUAAAAAAUCCUUAAAAUUUACUAGUAAAUCUAUUUAAAUGAGUAGACUAACGAUUAUCAUGGAGUCAAUAUUUCUGGAUGCUUUCUUCGACGUGAUAUAAGAAACGCAACGAACGAACCUGGAAUAGUCUCCGUUCUCUCACGUAAAGCAUAUUUUCCGGUUAAAAGAAACCCUCUUCCUCCGCCAAAGACAAACAAAACAUAGCAAUUCCUGCGCAAGAUAGUGCGGCUAUGGAUGGGUGCGUAGAUGAGGAUCUUUUCUACGCCCACCUAACCACCAACACACACACCUAUCGUUCGUUAUAAUGUUCUAUUUGUGUAAAAAUAUUGUUUAUAUUAGUAAAUUGAUCUGAGAAACUUAGUGAAGAUUGUAUGAUUGAUAGCAUUAACAUUUGAUCUUCAGUAAAUUUGUCAUCGAUUCUGUAUUGUUUUGCAUUUUUUUACUUGAGGACGGAUUUGUCAGUUUGAAAAGAAAGACAUCAAGUUAAAAUUCUUCCAAAACUCUCUACCUUAUUUUCUUGUUUGUCUAAAUUAUUGUCAAACAUUCAAACAAAUAUCGUUUACAUGCUUAUACAAAUCCAAAACAAUGUUUCUUUCAGAGAUAUUCAAUUCUUAAAAAAAAACAUACGAUUCUCCGAUGUUUUUGUGGAAUAUGAAUGAUUUUUGGAAACUGAGUAUCUCUGAACGAAACGUUCCUUUAAAUUGGAACCUCUCAGAAAUUCUAGUUACAUGAUAGCAACUGAGGACAACAAGCAUGAGACUUCUUUGCCAGUCCUCCUUAACAAAGAAAAAAGGCGCUUAACGGCAUUAAUGACAAGGCUUAGACUGUUCUAGUAAAUUCUAGAAGAUCCGAAAGUCUUCCUCGAGAUUUGAACGUCUGAAAUAUGUCUGUGAAUGUUUUACAUAGUGCAUUUUUUGAUUUUUGCAUAGAGAAAAACUUAUAUUCGAAAUGCAGAAAUAGACUAGACAGAUUGUUUCUCUGGCGAUUGAUUUUCCUUGAAAAGCAGCUAUAAUCUACGAGAGAUAUUUCGUCUUACGUAUGUUGUAUUAGUAUAAAGCGACUGAAGAACACGUAUAAGUUCUACAUUUUGAUCCUAAAAGGACUGUACUGACGAGCUUUUUGUUCGAUAAAUAUGAACAAGUCGCUGUUUUAUUAUGUUUAGUAUGAAUCGAUUACUUCAACAAAAUGGCAUCGAAUUAACAAGCCUAUUUGACUUGCUUCUUUUGGAAAAUCUCAUCAAUACCACCUCACCUUGAGAUGAGAUUUUCUAAGCGCAUUGUCCUUUAUUAAAACAGCAUCGAAUGUCAUUUCUUACUCAUCCCAGCUAUUAAGAUAAACAUUGAAGUUAGUCUUUUUUCUAGCCGCUUUUCGAAAUUUCUCUUUGCCGCUUCGGGACAGACUGCAGUCAUAGAUGGAAAGUUCAUUGAGCGACCGAUUAUGUUCGAUCGCCUCUUGAAGAGCAUCCACGCUUGAAUCAGUAAUUCUCUUGUUUUUCGAAAGAUCCAAACAUUCGAUCGUAUUAUUAUACUUCUUUAGAGAAUUGGCCAAUUGUCGAACUCCGAGAUCGCUUAUUUCAUUCUUGCUCAAGCAAAGAACGGUCAAUGUCGUAUUUUUUUUUAGCAUUUCUGACAGAUGUUCGGCGCCAAAAUCGGUAAUUCCAGUUUCUUGUAAAUUAAGGAUCUUCAAGGCGCUAUUGUUCAGGGCGAGUGCUUUUGCGAGAGAUUUGACUCCUUUAUCAGACAAACGGUUGCCAUAAAGAUACAAUCUCUCUAAUGUACUGUUGUUUGGUAAUGCCGCGGCCAGGGUCACAGCCCCAAAAAAAGUGAUUUUGUUUCCAGGCAACCAGAGAUUAGUACACUGUUUUUUGAUGAUCACAUCUUGAACAAUAGCGCACAUGUCGCGAUCCAUCAAUUCUUGAUGUCCCAAAUCGAUCAUCGACUGUAUUUGUGAUGUGGCAAUGAUUUGUUCCACUCGUGAGUUCAAUUUAUGUUUGAAUCCUAUGAGAAAUAAACAAUAAUUAAUCUAUCAUCUGAAAGAAACUAUUCAAGAAAAUGCAUUCAAGAUAAGAGCGGACACAUUGACAUCAAUGAAAAAGAACAUCUAAAUUCCAUGAAACCUGAAAGAAAGAGUCUCUUGUUGCUUCAUUCAAUCACUUCUCUACUCUGUAGCUGCAGUUUCUCAUAGUGAAAAGAGAAACGAAGAAACAAUGCUAGAGUUCUUUGUCGCAAAGUUGUAACCGAUAACGGCAAACGAUCAGUCCGGUAGAGAUAACGUUUUCUUUAACAGUUAGUCUAAAUCUAUUUGUUGAACUUUUGCAUGUUUUCUUCAAAAAUUUGACCAUAAAUGUGUUUUUUUUUUAUUGCAGAUCAAUCAAUUCUCACUGUCCUAGAAUGUUGUUUCUAUGAAGAGAUACACAUCAGACUACUGUAUUCGAUGAAAAUUCAUCCUAUAAUACUUGAUAAAUCUUAUUAACUAAUAUUGAUAUCCAAUAAUGUUAUCGAAACAAUAUCAAAUAAUUUGCAUUAUCUACUGUUUAUGGCACACAAUUUGCACAGACGUAUGGAAUAAGAAACGUAAUAUCAUGUGGGAAACAGAUUAAGUAUACAAUUAAUUAUACCCAUAUGUGAUGAUCCUUUAAUCACUGCACAAAACUUAUGAAACAGUCCAUUUAAGCCACGACUGAUUCUUCUCAAAUAGAUAUCCUAAACUUUUACCUACGUCAUCAAUAAGUCCCUAGUCAGUCGUAUUUGGAAAAAUAUUUGAGCUAUAUCUUGAAAACUGUUCGAAAGAUCCUAAUAUUUCGAUACAGAGAUUUCUAAUGAGACUAAAAAUUUGUAUCUUUACCUAAAACUACAUGUGUUAUCAGGUGGGGUGAAUUUGAUGAUAAUCUACGAUGGUGACUAAGUACCCAUAAAUGGUGUUAAGGUGCGGCUCACAUGGAAUCGCUUCCACAAUAGUUGUCAAAAGUUCUGCUACAAAGAAAAAUUUAUCUAAAAGUGAAUCUUUUAAUCUCAUAUCUUGGCUACAGGUAGACAGUGAUAAACUCAUUGCAAGCAGUAAUCAGGAUAUGAUCGAUUAUUAAGCGAAGGAACUAGAAAUUAGACACAGAUUUUUAGUCUGACGAAGAUAUUUCAGCCUUAGCAAUGUAUCUCAUAGCGUUUGACUUCUCAUUUGAGAGCUCAGUACUGCUUCUAUUGCCGAUAAAAAUUUUGUGUGAAACAAUUGUAGUUCACCCUAUUUAUGGAGUUAUCUAGGAGUAUUCUCACUAUAACAGUUGAUAAGAUUCGUCAAAGGUAAUCUGUAAUUGCAACAAAGUUCAACCACUUUCCUUUAAGUUUUCUUCUGCGAGUUCUCUGGUCUAAUUCAAUACCUCUGAAACUUUCAUAAUUAUAGCAAUUGGUGAAGUGAAGACCGGCGCAAAGACCUUUCCAAAUAAUGAAAACAUCGCUGAUCUUCGGAGUCACACCAAAUUGAUGUCUUCUAUCUAUGUCACAAUAUAGACGUUUGAAGCUUUACUUGUCAAUAAAAUGAUGUAUAUUAACGUUUCACAAUAAUGGCAAAUCAGAAGUGUCAAACGAGCCUUUUUAGGGAUGCAAUGAGAAAUAAAGCAUUUUUAUUCUAAAUCGAAAGCAUCAAGACCGAUCGAUAUUAGGUUAGCGUUUGCGAUCAAGGUUUCUCGAACUCUAUUGGUACGAAAAAAUACCAAUCAAAAAAAUUUUAAUUUACGUAUUUUUUACCUGGCAGCAGAACUUGUAGUGACUAUGUGUAAAGUGUCUGCAGUCCUAUGAAGUUUUCUUUUCACCGAUAGAAACCAACAGAAAGAAAAUGUA